AAAGAGACGGACACACCUCGCGAUCCGAUCAAACCGUAUCGAAAUGUCGCGUCCGAUCGUCGUUGCGCUCGCGGUUCUAGGCUUCCUGCAGGCGGCCACCGCCUUCGACCUGUCGCAGACGAAGAAUGUCGUCUUUACCGAGGAGGAUAUCGUGCCCAAAACGGCGUUGAAAAGUUUCGUGCCCGAAGCACAUGCUGCCGCUGGAUUCAUCGGAAAUCUUGAAGUUGGAUCAAGAUAUCCCGACGAAAUAGUCUUCCGCCGAGACAUCGACGUUAACAAUCCAACAAACGCUGUUCAUUCAAUUACCUUAUCGGUGACUCUCCCUAAUAGACAAACUAUCCAUUACUUUAGUGUGAUAAACAGCAGCGGCAGCUACGCGGUAGUAUGCGAUCAACCGACGACGCUGGGAUCAAGCAAAAGCACCGUCAAUAUUCGCCUCGCUGCCAACACGAAAGCCUACCUCACAUUGGUCAUAGCAGCGCAUUAAAUAAUCGUAUGCGAAAAAAGCAGCUUUUAUCAAAACUCGCAGAUUUGUAAAAUAAAAGAAACAAAAAGAAUUA